ACGUUAACUGCGGGAGAAUCCAGCCAGCUGUAUUGGUGAAAAUAAUACAUGUACCAGGGUUAUAAGUAAAGAUAAAUCCGCAUUAAUCAGCAGUAAAGCAGCUGAAGCUUCAGUAUCUAAAAACCCGCCGUCGCGUUUGGAAGACUUCCAGGGAAACUGCGCAGCGUUCUGGUGAAUGAAUUGCUAAUUCCAUUAUCUCCGGUAGACUGGUGGAAGCCAGACGCAUCUCCGAGUUCCGUUCGCGAUAACUACCAAGUAAGGAACGGAACGGCAGAAUGCCCCGCUCUGAUACGGAGGCUUUGGUGGCCGAUGUGGAGACUGGCGAAGACUCGGCGCCACGCAUACUGGACGCAUCUGCCUCUUCUGGUGCCAGCAGUGAGCAGGUGGACCCAUCUCCGGUUCCCCCGCCUCAUGACUACAGCAGCUACCGAUGGUUCAUCCUGGAGCCCGCAGUAUUUUUAAUCUUCUUCGCCAGAUAUUUAAUUGGGGCGGUUUAUCAGAACCAAAUCCUCUACCAGACCUGCAUCACCAUCGAGAAAUUCAAUGCCACGCAAUGUGAACCGUUGCUGGGCAUUGAUCGCGGAUCGGACGCGGAUAAAGAAGUCGAGGUGAUAGUACAGACGUAUUCUGCAAACAUUAUGAUGACAACCUCUUUGCUAGAGAGCAUUAUUCCAGCCUUCGCGAGUCUGUUCCUGGGUCCCUGGUCCGACAAGUUCGGAAGGCGGCCAAUCCUGCUGACAACUUUUACGGGUUACCUCACUGCUGCACUCAUACUGAUAGUAAUCACUUACAUAACGAGGUCCACGAAUAUAAGUCCGUGGUGGUUCCUCCUUUCCUCGGUUCCUUCUGUCCUAAGCGGUGGAACUUGCGCCUUGAUUACGGGAAUCUAUUGUUAUAUAUCCGACGUGGCCAAGGAGCGAAAAAAGGCUCUGAGAAUGGUCCUCAAUGAGGCCUCCCUCUGUGCUGGCAUGAUGGUGGGCAAUGUGGCCAGUGGUUAUAUCUACGCUGCCACAAAUGCUCUAGUAUUGUUUUCCAUAGCUGGAAGCCUGAUGAUGCUUGCCUUGAUGUACGUGUUUUUAUUUGUACCUGAAAGCCUAAGUCCAGGUGACAUACACACCGGAUCGCGAGUCCGUGAGUUCUUCCGUUUUGAUUUAGUCAAGGACCUUAUUCGGACCUGCUUUAAGAGGCGACCCAACUUUGAUCGCGCAAUCAUCUGGCUAACAAUGAUUGCCCUAACUAUAGCCAUUUUUGAUAUGGAGGGAGAGAGCACUGUAAAUUACAUGUUCAUGCAGGAUCAAUUCAACUGGACCAUUAAGGACUUCAGCCUAUUCAAUGCAUCCCGAAUCGUGAUCCAGAUUGUGGGCAGCAUCGUCGGCAUGGUGGUAUUACGACGCGUUCUGAAGAUGUCUAUCGUAACCAUGGCGAUGCUCUCCCUAGCGUGCUGUGUUCUGGAGAGCACGGUGCGGGCCACUGCUGUCUACUGGCAGGAGCUGUAUCUGGGCAUGACGCUGGGAAUGAUGCGGGGCGUCAUGGGUCCUAUGUGCCGUGCGAUUCUGUCGCAUGUUGCACCCGCGACUGAAGUUGGCAAGAUUUUUGCACUGACCACCUCCAUGGAAGCGGUUUCGCCAUUGGGCGCUGCUCCUCUGUACACAACCGUCUACAAGGCAACGUUGGAAUAUUAUCCCGGAGCUUUUAACUUUAUCAGUGCCGUUCUCUACUUUGUGUGUUACAUUCUGAUAGCCGUGAUCUUCGGCAUCCAGAAAUCGAUGGGCAGCAGCAGUGUCUAUCAGGCCAUAGGCAGUUAACCAGCUCCUCAGCGCUCUGAUUUAGCUGAAUGUAUCUCACAAGUUAAAUUCCUUCUGCAGGCGUUGGAAAGAGCUCUCAUUUCAAAAGAUUAGAAACUAUUUUUGUAAAUUAAUCUAGUGUUUGUCCUCCUUGUAUUUGUGCAAGUAUUAUUAUGAUUUUUACCCGUGUACAUGUAUCUGCUAUCUAGACUGUGUUUUGCAUGUGCAAGCACAGUAAAGUUAAGAACAAAAGAUUUAACUGUUUGCAGUGACAAUAAACUGUAAAUACCUCGACCAUUCAA